AUUCCCAACAAUCUCUCCUGUUAUGGAAACAUAGCUUCGUCCUCAACGCUGAUUGCUGCGCCCAGCGCUCUUGCCUCCCACUUUCUGCGAAACAUUUUGAAUUCUUAGACGGCCGACACGCUUCGUUAACCCAUUUCACCUCUUCCACACCCACUCACGUUCCCCUCCCUGCAAUUAUAUCACCCCUCAUUGAUUUCCCCACCCCUAACGUUUCUUUCCCUCCCUCGGUCCCUCUCUUCCUUACGCAGAUCCCUGCAAAACCACUUCCCCUCUCCUUCUCUCUCUCUCUCUCCACCCCAAAAAUGAUGAACAUUUGACUUGAUAUCUCUCACAAGUCACACCCUGAGCCUCGAACUCUUCGCCAACCCCAUGCAUGAUCAACGCCUCUCUCUGGGCUUUCCUCUUUUCACUCACACCAUUACCACCUGAUCUCACUUUUCUCACCUACAACUGCCAGAGAUGGAACUUCUUGUUGUCAGUCGUUUAUCAUUUUUACUAGUAGUACUAUUUUCUUCUCUACUGUGCUUGUGUCAUUUCUCAUGGCAGGCUUCUUUAGUGGGUGAUUCUGAGAUUCUUCUGCGGGUUAAGACUACUCAGAUCGUUGAUGAGAAUGGCAGCCUCAAAAAUUGGGACCGAGGCCUCCAUUCCUGCAACUGGACUGGCAUUACCUGUGAUGACCUCAAUCGCUACAUUGUCGCCAUUGACAUCUCUAGCACUGGCAUUUAUGGUGGAUUCCCGUUUGGCUUUUGUCGUAUUCGGACCCUGCGACGGCUUUCUGUUGCGCAGAAUUAUCUUGGUGGCGUUGUCUCUCCUCAAUCUCUCCUUCUCUGUUCUCACCUUCUUGUCUUGAACCUCUCUGAUAACUUAUUUGUCGGCGAGUUGCCGGAAUUCUUGUCGGAGUUCUCUGAACUGAUACGGCUUGAUUUCUCGCGUAACAACUUUACAGGCGAUAUUCCGGCUAGUUUUGGUCGGCUACCACGUCUCAGGGUGCUCAGUUUGUCCUCGAACCUGCUCAACGGAACCGUUCCCCCGUUCUUGGGCAAUCUCAGUGAGUUAACCCGAUUGGAACUCGCUUAUAAUCCGUUCAGGCCAGGACCUUUACCCUCCCAACUUGGAAAUUUAUCGAACCUCGAAGUUAUGUUCCUUGCGGGUUCAAAUGUCGAAGGGAGUAUACCGGACUCGAUAGGGAAGCUGGUCUCACUCAAGAACUUGGACUUGUCACAGAAUUUCUUGUCAGGUAAGAUUCCAGAUAGCAUUUCGGGUUUGACAAGUGCGGAACAAAUUGUCCUAUUUCAAAACCAAUUGUCAGGGGAAAUUCCUAGAGGUUUCGGAAACCUUACCAGUUUGAUUAGUUUAGACCUCUCUCAAAACAAUCUCUCAGGGAAAUUGCCGGAUUCACUCUCUGCCUUGCAUCUCCAUUUUCUAUCCUUGAACGACAAUUUCCUCGAAGGAGAAAUCCCAGUGAAUGUAGCUAAAAAUCCAAAUUUGCUGACACUAAAACUCUUCAAUAACAGCUUUACUGGGAAAUUACCGGAAGAUCUCGGUCGAAACUCUGAUUUACAGGAGCUUGAUGUUUCUACCAAUGACUUUGUAGGCGAGUUGCCUAAGUACCUCUGCGAAAGGAACAAGUUGCGGCGCCUUGUCACAUUCCGGAAUCGCUUUUCCGAAUCUCUCCCUGAGCAGUAUGGUGACUGUCAUUCACUCGACUAUGUUAGAAUCCAGCACAACCAGCUCUCUGGUGAGGUGCCUCCACAAUUCUGGAAACUUCCUGGCCUUGAAUUUCUACAAAUGAAUAACAACUUGUUCGAAGGUUCAGUCUCCAUCUCUGGCGCUCAGAGACUCUCCGUACUGCGUGUAUCCGAUAACAGGUUUUCUGGACAUUUCUCGGCGGAAAUUUGUGAACUCCACGAUAUUAACGAAAUUGACGUCGGCCGAAACCGGUUUACCGGUGAUGUUCCGUCAUGUGUAACUGGAUUAAACAAGUUACAGAAGCUCAGCGUGCAGGAGAACAUGUUCACCGGCCCGAUUCCUCGUAACGUGAAUUCCUGGACUGACUUGACCCUAUUGAACUUGUCGUAUAACCAAUUCUCAGGUACGAUCCCACCAGAGCUUGGUAAUUUGCCAGAUUUGAUUUCUCUUGAUCUCGCCAUGAAUUUCCUGACUGGGGGAAUUCCGCCUGAGUUAGCAAAACUCAAGCUCAGCCAGUUCAACGUGUCAGGAAACAAAUUGUCCGGAAAUGUGCCUUCAGGGUUCAACAAUGAAUUCUAUUUGCCGGGUCUUGUCGGUAAUCCGAACCUCUGCAGCGAAGUCACGAAAUUCCUUCAUCCUUGUUCAAAAUCUAGACACUUAUCUUCGAUAGCUAUUAUUGUGUUAUCUACCUUCGUUGUACUCCUCCUUGGGUUUCUCCUCUUGUUCCUUAAGCGCAAGAAGUCACUAUUUUCAACUGGCAAAUCCAAGCGCUCUUUUAAGACAACGACAUUCCAUAUGGUGGGCUUUAAGGAAGAAGAUGUUGUUCCAUUGUUAACCAGCGAGAAUCUCAUUGGCACAGGGAGUUCGGGCCAGGUCUAUAGGGUGAAGCUCAAGACCGGAGAGAUAGUUGCUGUGAAGAAGCUGUGGGAAGGACGAGUAGGAAAACUGAAUACAGAUUCUGUUUUCAAAUCGGAGAUUGAGACACUCGGCCGAAUUCGGCAUGUUAAUAUAGUAAAAUUACUAUAUAGUUGCAGUGCUGACGAUUUCCAGAUUCUAGUGUAUGAGUAUUUGGAGAACGGCAGCUUGAGUGACGUUUUGCACGGUGAGAAAUGCAGGGAGUUGAUGGAUUGGUCCAGGCGGUUCAACAUAGCAGUAGGUGCUGCUCAGGGACUGGCUUAUUUACAUGACGACUGUGUGCCGCCUAUAGUUCACAGGGACGUCAAGAGUAGUAACAUAUUGCUGGAUCAUGAUUUCAAAGCUCGCGUUGCGGACUUUGGGUUGGCUAAGAUCUUGCGGUCAAAGGCAAACAAAGAUGGUGGUGUGACUACAUCCAGAGUGGCUGGUUCCUAUGGUUACAUUGCUCCAGAAUAUGCUUACACACUUAAAGUGACUGAGAAAAGCGAUGUGUAUAGCUAUGGUGUGGUGCUGAUGGAAUUGAUCACAGGCAAGAGGCCAAAUGACCCAUCCUUUGGUGAGAACAAGGAUAUAGUGAAGUGGCUCACCGAGACGGCUUUGUCAACUAAUUCUCCAAGAGGGAGUGGCAAUAAAGAAUGUCGCCGCGGUUACCUGGUCCAGAUCGUUGACCCUAGAUUGAAUCCCUCCACGUGUGAUUAUGAAGAGAUUGAGAAGGUUUUGAAUGUGGCUCUGCUUUGCACCUCAACGUUCCCCAUUAGUAGACCCUCAAUGAGAAGGGUGGUCGACUUGCUCAAGGAAUAUAAGACUCGUCCCAAGCCAUGAUGAUGAUCAUUGAUGGCUUUGAGCAUCCCGUGACUUGCCAUUACUUGACCCAAUCUCCAAUCCACAAGGAUAAUCAGUAGUGGCUUCAACCUUCAAGCAAUUCUUAUAAAACAAGUCCCUGACUUUUAUCUUUUUGUUGAUCUGUUUUUGGUAAAAUGUGGAAACAGAGGGAAAGGUCCCUAGGCUAGGAAGCAUGCUUAGUUUAAUUUUUGUAUGAACGAAUCACUUGCUGGAUAGUUGGUUCUGUCAAUUAUAUUAAUGAGGUACAAAAUUAUCUACUGAUGUAUAGGACCAGGUUUAAAAUUGUCAUUCGCAAUCGGCCAAAACUUGUAAAUUCUUGCUUAUUCAGGACAGCUACUAAAAGAUUGGGAGGGCAGUUUCCUAAA